CGAGGGCCUGUGCAUCUCCAAAGAUUGCGACAUUGUCGAAUUUGAUGAUUGACCUGAUUUUCGAGUGUCGUUGUAACAGUUAGUCGAAGUAUGGCAUCAGCCUCCCGAAAGCACAAUUUGACGGGCGUGUUUCCACAGCGGAAGAAGGCGACCGUCGCGUCUGGCAAAGACAAACGUUUUGACAAGAGCUCUGGCGCCUACGACGAUGUGCCCGUCGGAGGUGCGUCUCUCGGCGGUGGAUCCGCCCAACCUGCUGCAUUGAUCACCUCACGGGGCGGCAAGCAAGACUUGAGCGGUGACUAUGACGAAAUCGAAAGCACUCUCCGACAGUUCGAUAUGAACAUGGCGUAUGGACCGUGUCUUGGCAUAACCAGAAUGGAAAGAUGGGAGCGGGCCACCCGACUCGGUUUGAGUCCACCAAGCAAUGUGAGGGAUAUGAUCGUGAACCUCGAAGCCAGCCAAGACUGCUUGUGGGAGGGUCGAGUGUAGCGAUUACGUGUACAUUGUUGUAUAAUGUACAGAGUCCACGUGCCACAGAAGCAAUUUUCCAUUACCAGCAGAGAUAGAUGUGAAUAUAGAUUAGCACAAUCUGCCAUUCGACUAUCGCCGGCGAAUAUCCAGCUCGUCUGAGGCGCAUCUUGUACAUAUUGCCACUUAAUGAAUGAAGUCAAAGUUACUCACUUGUAACUUUUCCGAUCGAUAAAAUCUCCUCGAUUGCUCGACCGCAUCUAUCAACUAUGCCAGAGAAAGAUGGUACAUCUAGCAUGAAGUUAUCUCGUUUGAUAAAUGGAAAAACACAGUAAAUUGCAGA